AUGGAUGAGUAUUUACAUGUUUAUGAUUUUGGAGGCAGUGCCUCAAGAAAUGUCUCAUCCAAUGAAAAUGACACUACUGAGAGAAAUGAGACUAGUAUUAAUACUAGUAUAAAUGAGAAUAGUUCUGUUUGCUCGCCAAACCCUGCCCCACAACCAGUUGAAACUGAAAACUCUAGAAUAAGAGACCUUGAAAAUUAUAUGGGAAGCCAGAUGUCUCAAGUUAUACAAAAAAUUACUAGUUUGGGUAAUACUAUUCAAAAUGUAAAUUCCCAACUGCAAAAACAAAUGAGUAAGGUAGAAACUGAACUAUGUACUGUAAAAUCUAAAAUGUCUGAGAUAGAACAUCCGGACCCAGAAAUAAGAUUCAAUCAUCAAGUGACAAGGGCCACAAGUAGUUAUGAAGCACAAAAUGAAUCUUGUUAUGAUUCAAGAAAUGGGGCAGAAAAUAAUAACUGUCUGUCAAAUGGUCAAAAUAUUCAACAGUCUGUACAUGAAAUGGUACCCACAUAUCAGAAUUUGUCCAUAGCCCGACCCACAAACAACCUAAAAAUGAGACCCCAAACUUAUAGUGGUGAUGAAGACUUGCAAGAUUUUCUUGCUCAGUUUCAAAUAACGACAGAAAUAAAUGGAUGGGACUAUGCGCAGAAAUCAUUGUACUUGGCCAGUAGUCUUACAGGUGGGGCUCGUUCACUUUUAAGUGAAAUGAAUGAACGCGAAAGGCGCGAUUUUUGUUCGCUAGAAGAGAAACUCAAGGCAAGGUUUGGUUCCGAAAACAAGGCUGAGGUAUUUCGAACUCAGUUAAAAAGUCGUGUUCGUGGAAAAGGGGAGACCAUUCCGGAAAUGGCUCAAUCAAUUAGAAAAAUGACUAGACUAGCAUAUCCGACUGGUAGUCAAGAUGUUAUCGAGGCCUUAUCUCUUGAUAAUUUUAUAGAUGCCCUGAAUGACUCUGACAUAAGGUUAAGAUUACGAGAAAUAGCACCAAAGACUAUUUCUGAAGCCGAGAAAAUAGCAGUACGUAUGGAAGCACAUAGAUUAGCUGACAGAAAUAGAAAUAAGCUUGUCUGUACUGUAGAUAAGGUCAAUAAUUCAAAAGAAAAUACUGCAAGCUCAUCCCAAGUAGAAAAUAGCGUAGGACUAGAAAGAGUAGGCAGUCAAAAUAGACAGACAAAUAGUUGGCAAAGCAAUAAUGGCAGUAAGAGUCAGAGCUCAAACCAAACCUACCAUCAAUCUAGAAAUAGGAUUCAAAAUGAAAACAGAUCAAAAUAUCAGAGAAAUGGCAAUUAUUACAGGCACUAUGAUAACCAUAGACCUCAUAAUAAUGGGUUUUACAACAAUGGUCCCAACAACAGUGGUACCCAAAAUAAUAGAUGGUCUUACCAAAAUACAGACCAACACAGGUUCAACAGACAAAUCCAGGGAAACGACAACAAGUCAAGCUGGGGGGAUCGCAGCUCGACAACUCAAAAAGGUCCCAAAUUGCAUUAA